CGAUCAACAGUCUCAAACGGAAAGAUCUAAAGUAAACAAGCCAACCAAAAUGCGAGCUGCCGUCGUGUUCGUCGUUGUGAUUUUCGCACUCCUCAGUGCCUUGGAGGCUGUGCCCGCUCCCCAGUUUGGAUACGGUGGAUUCGGUGGCGGAUAUCCUGGCGGCUAUGGCGGUUAUGGCGGCUACGGCGGUUAUCCCGGCGGAUACGGAGGCGGAUAUCCCGGCUUCGGAGGCGGCUACAACCGCGGAUUCGGCGGCGCCAGUGCCUCGGCAUCCUCCUCGGCCUCUGCCGGAGGCUUCGGCGGCAACUAUUACGGAUAAAGCCCUGUAGAAACAUAUGUAUUCCUUUUAAUAUUUAAAAUUAAUAAACCAAAUUCAAUAUUCUUGUGACUCCAAAA